AAACUCUAAACAAAACCCUAAACUAACAAACCAUAAAAGAACCCUAAUCUACCAAACCCUCAACGAAACAUUAAACUACCAAACCCUAAACAAAGCCCUAAACUACCAAACCCAAAUCUACUUACAGUGUACCAAACGCUAAACUACAUUAAAUCAAACCCUAAACUACCAAACACCUAAACAUUUGUGGUGAUGGCUUGCCACGGGCGAUCCCGUGUGGGCUUUCUCUGGCGAGGCGAGGAAAGAAAGCUGGAGAGGAGAUAGAACAAGGCUCUGACUAGGUGAGAGAGUGAGUAGAUCCGAUGAGGCUAUUGCUCGAUGAGAGAGAGUUGAUCUGGAGAGGUUGUGAGAACGAGGAAGAAGAGCGCCUUUGGCAAGGAAGAAAGUUGGCUUCGGCGAGGAAGAAUAGUAGAUCUGACGAGACUGAGAGAAAAAGAAAUCGGUUUGGCGUGAGGGAGAGGUCUCUGGCGAAGAUCUCUGACAUGAGGGAAAGAGAUCUGUCGAAGAGGAAGGAAGGCUGGGGUUAGCUGUUGAAGCCCGAUAUGAUGUAUCAAUCCGGAGUCUCUGUACGGUUAGUGUCUGAAGGUCAAGACAUUGAAGGCCGGUGGUAUUGGGUCUAUUUUGGAUAUGCGCCUCCGACGUUAAUACUAUUAGUACAAGCACAUCAGACUGAUCCUUUGGUUACUAAUAGUUUGGUCACAUAAUAGAUUUUUGGAAUAGACUUAGUUUCAUCGUGCAUGUACUUGAUGUCAAAUUUAGGAAGACUAAGUGAUGAUUCAUUUUGAGUCGUGGAGUGGAUUCAUCUAAACGUGGUUAAAAAAUACAAUGAUGGCGAUUAGGUAAACUUGAAUCCAAUUUAGUGAUUCAGAGUUAUACUAGUCUAGAUAACAUUAUAGUGCAUGACUGCAUUUAGUAUAAUCUAUGUUGAGGUUACAGCUUUGUACCAAAAUUAAUGUGAAGUUGAGCAAAAAAAAAAAAAAAAAAAAAAAUUUUUGGAAAAAAAAAAAAAAAAAAAAAAACAUUUUUGGAAAUGGCUCAAAGACGUCUUGGAGAUGCUCUCGUGUCAGCGGUUAUUGUUGAUAACCGGAAGAUGCCAAAGAACCGGGUGUAAGUUUGGAAUCUCGUCGGUUAUUGAUCCGGUUUAUCAUCCCUGCGAUCGAUUUCCAUAAGCGACCUGGUUUUGAUCUUCAUAACUAGUACUAGAGUUUGAAGAUCACAAACGUGAAGGAAAGAUAUGGAAAAACCAAGAAAUCUUUUUAUGGUUUCUUCCUUCUUAAUGGCGUUUUUAUUUGCUUAUUCUGCAUCUGUCCAGCUUAAUGAUUCUGAUUGGUAUCUUUGGCUUCCUCUGUAUGCACUAGCUUCUGCAGUUAAUCUGAUCAACUCAAGAAAAAUAUGUAAUAAAUCAAGAAGAAUUAGACAGAUAACGAGAACAGCUCUGAGCUUGGGUUUGUUCUUGUUGGUUAAAGUCAUUACAGAGGAUGUCAUAACAGAGAGGGUUGGAAUCUUGUCUUUGGAUCUCACUCAUAGAGUUGUGAGAGAGAAGAUCGGAAGUGGUUUGGUGAUAGCUUCUAUGGUUCUGCAGCUACAAGCUUCUUGUUCAAAACCGAAAGAGAAGUCCGUUGACUUUGGGAUGGCUGCAACUGUAAUCUUUGGCUAUGGACUUCCCUUUUGGUUCUUCACCAUACAGAAUGGAGAAAUCAAGAUUUAACUACUUUUCUUAUUUUGAUUAUGUAUGUUAUAAUUAUAUUCAUUCGCAAUGUCGCUACGACCUAGAACUGGCUGCAAAUCAGAUAAAGCUGUCUAAUAAGAUUCAAUGAGAAAGUAAAAGAUUGAAACA